CUAGUUUCAAUUACUGCCUCAUCAGGCACUGUGAUCUACGUAUUUGUGGGGGCACUUCUGAAAACACAAAGAUCACACGUAUCUUAAAUUAAGUUUUCUUGGCAUUUUGCUAGCGUUUCGUGGACUUGAUUCACCAACUGUAACCCGAUGACUAAGUUUACAUGUUGCGAGUCGUGAUGUCAUUCCCGAUUAUAUACUACACUUGAUCUUAGCCAAAAGGCCGAGAAGCUGCGACGCUUUAAGGUGAGCAAAAUUGUCCAUUUUUUGAUGGCCUCUUAAGCAGCGUCUUUUAUCGGUGGCGUCGUCAAUGCUGAACCAAUAAAAAUGGUCAUAAGAAAUCUAGUGGUAUGCAUUAGGAUUUUGUUGUCUUCUGGGGCGUUUGAUGACAUUCCCUACAAUGACGGUGGGCACAGACUUUUAUACGACAAACCGCAAGCUCCUUUCACGAAUAUAUGACAAUUUUAACUCGUUGAGUCGAUCAUGAAUGACGAAUGCUUUACUGGUAUAUUUCUAAGCAUUAUUACCAGUGAUGAGGCAGGUGCUUUAUUGCUGCAGUGCUGUUCCGGCACUCUUUGAGGUGAUCAGCUUGGCAAAUUUGAUUUAUCAGCAAAACGCCACCACGCCGGCUGCUCACUUGAGUUGAAAGGUUAGGUACUCUCAAUCGUGUUGUUAAAAAUGGGCGCAAUUUAGCACAAGCGUGGUGGUACGAGGAUACGCUUUUGGCGAGAGAGGCCCCGAACACAAUAACGUACAGCGACUAAUUUUUAUAUCACAGGCCAGACUUCGACCUGCUCUUGUCCAGAAGCAGCAUGAAAAGGUCCUGAUACUCCAGUGUACUUUGACGAAACUAAACGCCAGAUCCACGAAACUCUCAAAUCAAGCUAUAUACAAGUGGCUUUCACGGUCGUUCCACCGUCGGCGAAUUUUGGAAAUUAGAAGCAGCUGCAAGCGAUCAUGAGGAGUUGAUGGAGAGCGUUAGGUUCUAAGGGCUAAAGCAGAUUGACGUAACCCGUCACGCUGCCAAAUUUAAUGGCUAAGUUCGAAACGUAUUUACACGUACAUAUUCUCCAUGUUUUUACAUGAAAAGAUAAGCGAAUGAUUAAUCAAUUUCUCGAUGUUUCAACAUGUACAAUUGAGCCAUGACACUUGUGCCGAACAAGUACGACUCGUGAUUGAAGAGCUUGAAAUUUUGUAGUAAAUGAGGGUUUGAAAAUAAUGCGCUGGCGACUGCCCACGAAGAGGCGAGAGAUGACCAAAACGAUUGAUAAUGUCUUGGAUAGUUUCGUCGACCAAAAAUUACAAUAAUCAAACCCAGUCAACAUAAUUAUUAUAGAUAUGCCAUGCAAAACAAUUGGGCCAGUAAACAGACUUGAGAAUCAUUCAAAUAAAACUACGUAGCUGUGCUUAUGCAAGCACACAUGAUAGUUCAAACAAGGAGAAAAGAUGCCACGAACGAGUAAAAGCCAAAGAUUUCAUGCAAAAACACGCGAAUUACAAAGUAAUGCAGUAUUCUUCCACGUUCUUGUUCGGAUCGUAAAGUCAAACUUAGAGAGUGCUGCAAACGCUUUUAAACACGCAUGCCCCGUCAACGACGUUACAACUUUCUGUCACGUAGAAAGAAAUUUUAUGAUGCACCAAUAGUUGUAAGCUGAGUUGUCUUACUCGUCGUCUUCUUCAUAGUCCACGGUCAAAUCAUCCAUGCCCGCGAACAGCUCGUCACGCGCCAUACGGGACCCUCCAUUCUUGGUUUCCAUCUGCUGUGGCUCUAAACCAUCCUCAUUCUUAGAUUGAGACUGUUUGUUUCCACCAUAAGUUUCUUCGGGACCAUUAUCGCUUUCAUCGCGGCGACUUAAUGCCCGAUGCGGGGAAAGUACACUAGACUUUCUCCCGCCCGAACCCGAAGCGCGCUCAUGAGCAGAUGAUGGAGUCAAAGAUUGCUCGGGGUGAGACAAUCGCUCGUCAUGAUGGUCACGAUGAAAAUUGCGGUGAUCUUUCUCGUCCCGACUUCUGGUAUGGCGCGAGUAACGGCGUCGUUCAUGACGGUCUCUGAGGUUGUCAGUCUCAAGAUCAUACUCGUGAAAAUCAGAGGGAGCCUCGGGUCUGUGAUUUAUACUGUGAAUGGUCGGCGACCGCGGAGGUGAAUAUUCAGCUUUAGCUUUGCUCCCACGCGGUUCAAAGUCUUCAAAACGUUCAUUUCGGUAAGACUCGCGCUGUUGUUGAGAGGAACGAAGCGGAGACGGGGUGCGUCGACGAUUUUGUGACAGUGGGGACAACGAACGAUAAUGCUUGGGGGGCGGAUGAGGAGAAUGAGAACGGGGCUGUGGAGGAACUACUUCCUGGCGGUAAAUUUCGCCGGCAGCUCUUAGAGGCUGUUGAGCGUGAAA